UAAGAAAAAGAAAGAGUUUCUAGUUUCUACUAUAAUUCAACUCUCCUUCUCCCUCAAAUUCAAUUCCUUCUUCUCCAAUAACUCAUGGCGACGGAAGAAGAAAAGCCAAUCCAAGAAGUCCUGUCCCUCCCAAUCCUCCUAGCCGACCGAGUCAUCAAAUCAAGCCAAGAAGCCGAGUCAUUCAAGCCAGAAAACGCAGACCUCUCCCGCCACGUCACCCAGCUCUCCCAGCUCCUCCGGUCCGCCGCGCGCCUCACCGCCGCCGCACCCGCCGCCCUCUACGACCGCCCCAUCCGCCGCGUGUCCGCCGACGUGACCAAGUCCCUGGACCGCGCGCUGGCCCUGUCCCGCAAGUGCCGGCACCGCAAGACGAACGUGCUCCACCACGUGCUGGCCAUCACGACCGCCGCCGACUUCAAGAAGCUGGCCGCCCUCCUCGACUCCUCCCUGGCCGACAUCAAGUGGGUCGUCUCCAUCAUCAACCGCAACUCCGCCGACUACGAGGCCGCCAGCCUCUCCCUGCCGCCCAUCGCCACCACCGACCCCAUCCUCGCCUGGGUCUGGCCCGCCAUCGCCGCCGUCCACACCGGCCGCGCCGACGCCGCGCUCGAGCUCGCCGCCCUGGCCAACGACAACGACCGCACCAAGAAGAUCAUCGUGGAGGAAAAUGGGAUCCCCCCGCUUCUCAAGAUGCUCAAGGAGAGCACCAACGUCGACUCCCAGACCGCCGCCGCCGCCGCUCUUUGCAAUUUGGCAGAUGAUCUCACACGUGUCAAGAUAAUAGCCGAUAAAUCAGGAGUUCAACUCAUUGCCAAAGCAUUGUCUCAAUCGCCUGCUAAAGUACAGGUAAUCUUAGUAAACCUAGUAUCAAAAAUGUCGGAACUAUACCCAACCGUGCAAGAGGAAUUUGGGAGAGAGAAUGUGACAAGGCCACUGGUCACACUUCUAUCCAUGGAUGUGAACAUGGAGGAGUUUGUUGAAUCGAGAACACACAAAAACGCAAACAACUUGCACUCCAUUGUAGGCAUAGCAAGAGAGAAAAAAAUCCACGGCGGCGGAAGUUUGGAGGGAUCAAAUUGUGGCAAACAUAGCAAGAGAGAAAAAGAGGGCGAAGCAGAGGCGCCUGAGCUCAAAUCGCAGCUCAAAAUAAGCUGCGCCAACGCACUACGCAUUCUCGCUAAAGGAAACUUGUUCAACAGCGGUAAGAUCACAGAUACUAAAGCAUUGUUAGUUCUCGCCAAAAUCAUCGAGAGAGAGAGCGGAGAGCUGAAGGUUUGCUGCUUGAGAGUGGUGAUGGAGCUCGCCGUCGUGGCAGAGUCCAACGACGAGCUCAAACGCGCCGCCUUCAAGCCCACCACCCCCGCGGCAAAAGUGGUUUUCGAUCAGCUCUUGAGAGUGAUCAACCAGGAGAUUGCCCCGGGAAUGGUGAUUCCUGCGGUUAAGGCGAUCGGGUGCUUGGCCUCGAUGUUCCCGGCCAAGGAGAAGCGGAUCGUGCAGUCUCUGGUGGCGCAGCUCGGCCACAGGGACCGCAGGGUGGCGGAUGAAGCGGCCGGGGCUCUGAAGAAGUUCGUGUGCGAUGGGAAUUACAACCGGAGGGAGCAUUCGGAGGCGAUCAUUGAGUUCAAUGGGGUGGCGAUGCUAGUGAAUUUGGUGCGGAGCAGCCACGAGCGUUUGGAUGAGCUCGUGCUGCUCUGCUAUCUUGCGGUCAAUGCGGGGAAUAGCAAGGCGCUGGAGCAGGCGCGGGUGCUGAGAGUUCUUGAGGGUGCUGCGCGACAUGCUGUCGCGCAGAACCCUGAUCUUAGGGACUUGUUUGCCAAGGCCAUACAUCAUCUCACAAUCUAUCAGGCUGGGACACAUCAUGCACAUAGGCAUCAUUAAUUUUGAUAUGUAGCAUUUGUUGAUCAACUUUAAUGAUGAAGAGGGAGUGGAGGUAUACGAUGGUUUUGAGGUGUAUAGUUUCAUUUUUAUUGUACUUUGGUCACCCACCAUUAUAAAGAAAAUAAAUACUAUCACUGAACUAAAAUGAAUGUGAUACCAUUCUUGUAUAAAAUGAAAGAUUACUAAGCCACACUUAAUAAGGAAAUAGGUGAAAAAGGUAUUAAGGUGGGACUUCAAAAUAUAAAUGUGAUGAUCAUAUUGACGUCACCUGGUACAUGUAAGUGAAGAGCAUAAGAAAUGGGACUGUUAAACGAGUCAAAUUGCACACCAAGUCUUCGGUCUCUACCCGAAAAUCAUUUGGGUAGGAAUGAAGGAAUACUUGUUAAUUCCAAGUCCUAAAAAAAGCUCUCUUGUAAAGUUGCAUUUGGAUUUGUAGAAACAGCCUUUUAGGCGACUAGUGUUGAUCACUGCUCUGUAUAAUCUGGCUGAUGACUAGUACAGAGUAGGCUGCCUGUGAGGGUUCAGUUUUAGGUUGUUGGAAAAGUGUGAUGGGAGAGUUUGGUGAAAAUGCAUUUUGUAUCCCUUUUGAGUGUUUAAUGUGGAUUUGCUUGAGGAGAUGAAGGUGAAGUAUGAUGAUGGUGAUGAUUGUUGAGGCCCAAGAUAAGUUGCACUGUUGCUUUGGGGAAGCGGGCACGCAGGAGCCUUUUGAUGGUGGCAGAGUUGGCCGGAGACCGCAUUCCUGCAUGGCUCAAGUAGACCAUUGGAGUAUUGGACCAUGGGGUGGCAGGAUGAUGCGGAUAGGGCAACCAGGCGGACGUUGGAGGGCACAACCAAGCACGUCAUCUCCCACGGCCCCAAGCUGAGGAAUCUGCUUGCUAAGGCCAUACACCAACUCGUCAUCUAUCAGCUUGGAGUACAUGCAAACACAGACUUGGUCAUGUUUUGUGUGGUGAAUAGGGACUUUAUCCACCACAGAGGCUGAAUACUUGGCAAUGACAGCAGCAGUAAAAGAAAGUUUUUGGCUAAGAGGAAUAGCAGCAGAUUUUGGUGUGAAACAGGCCACUAUAGCUAUAGGAUGUGAUAACAGUGGAGCUAUCAGCUUAGCCAAGCACCAAGUUUUUCAUGAAAGGAGCAAGCACAUUGAUGUGCGGCUGCAUUUCAUUAGAGAUGAGAUAGAGAAGGGAAAGAUCGAGGUGUUCAAAGUUGACACAUCAGAGAACCCAGCAGACAUGCUAACUAAAGCUUUGCCGCGAGAGAAGUUCGAGUUGUGCUGCGCUUUAGUUGGUCUGUGUAGAAAACGUUGAAGCAACUUGGUUGGCCAAGGUGGAGAAUUGUUAUUUUGGCUACACCAUGUUGCUAUGAGGAACUCUUCAGCUACUUAAAUGAAGAGAGUCAGAGGAGUAUCAACAGCCGUUGAUCACAGCUACCUUACUCAUGGCCAUAGGAUUAGAGAUUAGUUUUCAGAUCUUUUAAUCUCAACCAUCCAUGUAAUAGGCAUUAGAUUGUGUAAAGGUUUAAAUACCUUUUGUUGAGUUUCAGUUAGGGUUGUUAAGCUCAGUUUGUAAGCUCCCGAUUUUUCCCCAAAUUUGAUUCAAUAAAAUUCUCUGAUUCUCUCGAA